AUGCUGGAACUUUGCACCGUCGCUAGUGUUUUAAGGAGCGACGACCGCAAGGGGGAGGUACUUUUCACAGCCGUGGAGUGCUGUGACGCCUAUGAGGUGUUAGUCGUUGCCUUCAGCGAUGCUCGGCUCCUGGCUCGCCUGGUCUUCUAUGGCGACCUCUCUGAGGGCGAAGAGAGAGAGGUCUUGUGCUCAAUGCCUUUGGAGCGAUGUGAGUUGAACCAGAUCACUUGCUUGGAUCUUUCGGAGAAUGCUAUUUUCCUAGCAGUUGCCUGCGAGGCCUUGGUUGUCGUGCUGCCCCUCUUGGAACUGCUGCUGGCAGAAGCACCUCCACAUCUAGCAGAAUGCUUGCGGGAUUCCUUGCGAGAUGCAGAGAAGAUCAAUCGACAUGAGGAUGCGGUCAAGGGAUCAUUCUCCAUUGCGACUGCUUGGACCUCCUUGGGUCUUUCAGGCGAGAUCUUGACAGAUUUCUUCGGGGGCAGCUCUGGGGGGAUGCCCAGCUCCACUCCCUUGCGCUUUUCGGUGCCCGCCAUCCAGGAGGAUGGUGCUGGCAUCACUUCUAUGUGCUGGUGGACGCAUGGCGCGAUCCCACCAGAUACGGUGUCUUCACGUUCACCUCGCUGGCAACGCCAUUGCUUGAUUUUUGGUUCCCUUUCCGGACGCUUGGUGAUCAUGGACAUCACCAGCCAAAGCGAACUUCGUACGUUUUCAUUGCCUCCAAUCGUGUUGCUACAGCUAUGCCGGUACCACUCCCAAGAGUGGUUGCUGAUUGAAACAACUGCAGAACCCAAACAUUGGAAGUUGCUGCUGGUGGAAGACCGGCCAGAUCAGCCAGCGCUUCAGUGGAACAUUACCAACGGCCAAGCUCUUCCUAGUGGGUCUGGUGAGCAUUUUGAAAUGGAGCCUUUGAACGGAACGCCUCCGCAUUUGUUGCUGGUGGUACGUCGAGGCUUAAAACCAGAGGGCAAGAGCGAAGUGCUGGGGAUGCUCAUGGACGAGGACGCUCAGGGUUCCAGUGGCCUAUGUUUGUUGUUGUCGCUGCCAUCUUUUCCAGAAGACCCUUUGGCACGUGUAGAGCUGCCGAUGGAUGUGGCUGCCCCUAGCAGCUCUGGCAAGCGGAGGCUGGUGGACUUGGUGGUGUUGUUGGGGGGCGGCCUCUUCCUGACGGUGCUCCAUGAGGGAUCAGACAGCUUAGUCAUGCUCACAACAGCGAAGCCUUCUCCGGCUCUAGCCCAGCAGAAACCAGUGAACCAGGUGGUACAGGAAUUACUUGUUCCUGGCCGUGUUUUGGGGGCAUCUGCUCAUCAGUACUGGUCGCCAGAGUUAAGAUGCGGUGGACGUUCACUUGCCAUAUUGUGGACGGCUACUGAAAUCUUUGCAUUGACGGCGUUGGGGAACAGCUUGGUAGAAACCCUUCAGAGCAGAUCCAUCGAUUCAGCUCGCGCGAGCGUUGGGACGGCGGAGCCAAGCGCUGAGUGGGACGAGCUGCUGCCAUUGCUGUGCUGGGCUUUAGAUGUUGACAUUGACAACCUACUCUUAGAUGCAGGUCGCCGAGUCUUAUCAGGUCGAUGGGAUCAGAUCGGGGAGCAAGGCUUGCGCUCAGCUCUGGCCUUGUGGGAGCGGAGGUCAUCGCAAGAAGUCCCGUUGCUGGUGCUGCAGGAGUGUUUCAGCGAAUUGUUCCAACACCUGGAAAUGAUGCACCACAUGGCCCCGGGCAUACUCCAUGUUUUGAUGCCGCACUGGCCACAAGUGGCCUUGCGGCUGGAAGCCAUGCACAGUCAGAGCGGUGCAUCCAAGACUGAAUUCGAUUCUGAGAAACUGGAGGAAGACAUACCUGGAUCACCAGAACUGUCCAACGUAGCCUGGUUCCUGUCCUUGGUCGUGAUGCUGUUGGUUGUCCUGCGGCAGAAGGCUCAGAAUGAGGGCGCUACUGGAGAGUACAAGCGUGGCGCCAAGAGCCCCAAAGUCCAUUCCCUGAAGCAGGACGGCAUAGCCUGGCAAGCCUGGGUAUCCGACCAGGUCACACUGAUAAUCAGUGGUGCUCGUGGCCCGCCAGCUCCCAGCUUUGCGGACUUCGCAGAUGCCGUGCAGCAGGAGUUUGACGUUUGGUGGGCUCAAGAACUACAAGAAGCGCAGUCGCCAAAGGACGUGUUCAAGCCAGAGAACAUCCUCGCCAGCACUCUGACUCCGGAACCUGCGAAGAAAUAUGGCACCAUCUACGAGAGAAGCAUGGGAACAGAUCCUGAGCUGGUACCUGGCUGCUGUUCUGCCCGCCUGCUCCUGUUGGGAGUUUUGAAGAAGCGAUGGCCGCAAGUGUCGCCAGAGUCAGGCAGAUCCCAAGAUUCCAAUGCAGAAUGUGAAGGCUUCGCCCAGUGGCUGGUGAGCCUUGACCGCCUGGGCGCCACCUUGGCCGCUGGCAGCUUGGUGGAGCUUCUGCUGCGAGGCGCCGUUGCUGCGAGCGAAGGGCCCGAAGAAGCGAAAGAGAUUGCCGCAGACGUUGACCUUGCACUUGCGGUUGCCUUUGCCCUGAUGGAUGUUCAGACUUCUUUUGGCAAUCGGACGGCCUCUGUAUGUGGGGCACUCUGUGCACUCUUGAAACUGGCCCGUCCUCCGUCAGAACGCCCACAGCCAUCGAUUUGGAAGAGUGAAGAUCCAAAGGAAGAGAGUCCACAUGUGGAGAUCUCAGCACCAGAGCUGCUGGAUCGACUUUGCCACCUGGAUGCGGAGGAGAGAAAUUCGUCACAAAGUUGGAUGAAUUUCUUGGACUGUAUCUCUGAGCUUCCUAGUGGCUGCUGCUCCGAAUGUUCGAAUACCUGGAGUUGGGAGCAGGAGGGACGCAUGACCUCAUUUGCUGCGCUCCAGCCAACUGGUGGCCUGGGAAUGACACAGGUGUUGCAACCUUUAGAAUUCUGGUUGAUGAAGUCAUGCCCCUUGGAUGGCCCUCCAACUUCGGAGUCGGAGUCAACAUCCUGCAGCUCACCAGCGCUUCUUCCAACUACAGAGAUGCGAGAGACGCUUGAGAGGAUCCUGGAAGAUGGAGCACAAUGGGAGGUUCCUGACACUUUCGCAGACCGCCUGGUGCAGUGCCAAUGGUGGCAUGAGGUGCAAAGGCCCCGAUGGAGCCCUGCACUGCCAUUGCUAAUGCUGGCAUUGCUUGCAGCAGUGGAAGAGUGGAUUUGGGAACUGCCAUGGACUGCCAAGUUCCGCAUACACUUGGCUUACGCCUUGUACAUUGUGAGAUCUUGGGCUGGAAAAGGGGAUCCAGAUGAGAACCAGCAGGGUGAAGAACUUGCCAGCGCAGCAUCCUUCGCAGCUUGA